AUGUCGUGGACAGCUGAUCCAGAAGCUUUAGAGCAAUUAAAGCAUAUUUUUAAAGGCACAUUAUCGUCAAAUAACCAAGAAAGAAGUUUAGCAAAUGAUGCAUUAAUCCAAGCAAGACAACAACCUGAGAUUGAGAACUAUCUAUUUGACAUCUUAAUUAUGGAUAAUACUGCUAGAUCCGACGUGAGAGCAGCAGCAGGUAUUAAUUUAAAGAACAGUAUUUUAAAGAAUGAUAACCCAAAUCACAUUAAGAACCGACAAUAUCUCUUGGAGAAUAUAUUAAAAGGAUUAAUGGUUCAUGAUAACAUGGUGAGAAAUAUCACAGGUAAUGUCAUCACGUCUUUAUUUUCUAACUUUGGAAUCGAAGGAUGGCCUCAAGCAUUACCCCAACUCAUUGAAUUAGCAAGUCUUAAUUCCCCUGAUGGCACGUAUAUUGCUCAAGAAGCAGCCAUGGGUGCUUUGAGUAAAAUAUGUGAAGAUAGUGCAUUAUCGUUAGAUCGUGAAUUCAACGGGGAAAGACCUUUGAACUUUAUGAUCUCCAACUUUUUGAAAUUAGCCACUAACCCACAAAGCGGUAAAAUCAGAUCCUUGUCGAUACAUUGUAUUAAUCAGUUUAUUCCAUUAAAGACACAAUCAUUUUUAAUCCAUUUAGAUGAAUUUCUACAAAAAUUGUUUGAGUUAGCAACAGAUUCUAAUAACGAAGUAAGGAGGAAUAUUUGUACGUCUUUUUCAAUGGUCUUAGAAACAAGGCCUGACAAGAUUAUGCCCCACCUAGAUGGUGUUAUUAAUUAUUGUUUACAUUUAAUGCAAGAUUCUGAUGAGGAGGUCGCCCUUGAGGCCUGUGAAUUCCUAUUAGCAUUGUCAACGUCUCCAGAAACUGAAUCAGAUAAAAACCUUUUCAAUCCGAAGUUGAAGAUAAUAUUACCGACCUUAUUGCAAAAGAUGGUAUAUUCCCAAGAAGAAAUUUUCUAUAUGGAAUUGAUCGACGAAAAAGACAAUGCUGAUAUUGCUGAUAAAGAUGAAGAUAUCAAACCCCAAACCGCAAAAUCAAAAGAUUCUCACACUGCAGCCACUAAUCAUGAGCAUAAAAAAGAUACCAAACAACCUGAUUUUGAUGACGAUACUGACUCUGAAUUUGAAGAUGAAGAUGAUGAGGAUCUGGAAAUAGAUCAAUGGAGUUUAAGAAAAUGCUCUGCAGCUACCCUCGAUAUAUUGUCUCUCAAUUUUCCAGAAGAAGUAUUACAGGUUUCCUUACCAAUAUUACAAGAGCAUAUUGUUUCUCCAGAAUGGCCAGUUCGUGAGGCUGCUAUACUUGCGUUUGGUGCUAUAAGCAAAAGCUGUAUUGAAUUAUCUAGAGAUAAAUUACCGACUUUAGUUCCGUUUUUAGUUGACAGAUUGCAGGAUCAAGAACCAAGAGUGAGACAAAUAACAUGUUGGACCUUAUCAAGGUUUUCUACAUGGGUUGCUGAAGAAGCACAUGAAGGCGGUCAGUAUGCAAAUUACUUCCAGCCAACUUUCCAAUCUAUUGUAACAUGUGCUUUAGAUAACAAAAAGGUGGUCCAGGAAGCUGCAUGUUCCGCAUUGUCUUCGUUCAUUGAAGAAUCUGAUGUUUCAUUGAUUGAAUUCUAUUUGGACCCAUUGUUAGACCAUUUCGCAAAGUGUUUCCAGACAUACCAACGUAAAAACUUAAUUAUAUUAUAUGAUUGUGUUCAAACAUUUGUUGAGAAAAUGGGGUAUGAAAAGUUAUCCUCCAAGCCUGACUACAUCAAUACUUUAUUACCCCCAUUAUUACAUAAAUGGCAAAUUUUGGAUGAUAAUGACACAGCAUUAUGGCCAUUAUUAGAAUGUAUGGCAUCCAUAGCUGCUACAUUAGGUGAAUUAUUCGCUCCAUAUGCUAUACCUGUAUAUGAAAGAGCUAUUAAAAUAUUGUCAAACUGUAUUGAAUUAGACCAACAGUGCCAGACUGAUGCCUUAAUUGAUGCUCCAGAAAAGGAUUUUAUGGUGACAUCAUUAGACUUAAUAGAUGGUUUAAUUCAAGGGUUUGGUCAACAUUCCAUCGAGUUGAUACAGCAACAUGGAACUAAUUUGAUGGACUUGAUUAUGAUUUGUUUUGAAGAUCAUACGGAUGAUGUGAGGCAAUCGGCAUAUGCAUUGUUAGGUGACUUGGCCAUUUUCACACUCGAGGCUACAGUUAAACCAUAUUUGCAACCAAUAUUCAUUAGCAUUGGAAACGAAAUCAAUAAUAGAACCUUUAAUUCUUUCCCUGUAUACAAUAAUGCUAUAUGGGCAUUGGGUGAAAUAGCUAUGAGAUUGACAUAUGACGAGAUCAAGCCAUAUUUAAGUAAUUUAGUUGACUUGGUUAUCCCUGUUUUGAAUAGUUCUGACACCCAGCAAACAGUGUUGGAAAAUGCUGCUAUUUGUCUUGGUAGAAUGGGUCUUAAUGGAGGAUCAGAAGUGAUCUCACCAAGACUUUCUGAGUUCAUACUUCAAUGGUGCUCGCAGAUGUUAUAUUUAGUGGACAACAAUGAAAAAGAAACCGGCUUUCAGGGUAUGCUUAAUAUAGUCAAUGGAAACCCUGAUCAAGGAUUUGGUGGUUUGUCAAAUCAACAGGGUAAGAAGAAUUUAGCUAUUUUUUUUGUAUGUAUUGGUAAUUAUUUGGAACCUCCAGAAUCGUUGAAGAAUAUGUUUGGUCACUUGCUAGUUAGCUAUAAAAAUAUGAUUGGAAAUGAAAUUUGGGAAACUCAAAUAAUGUGUCAUAUUGACCAAGAAACAAGGCACUACCUUAGAAGUGCUUACGGAAUUUAA